UAGAAAACCAGCAUGACUACCUGGACAUCACCAGCAUGGUGGCUAUGGCCAAAACCUAUGCCACCACCGAGGCCUUCAUCGACUCCAAGUAUGACAUCCGCAUCCAGAAAAUUGGAUCCAACUACAAGGCUUACAUGAGAACCUCCAUCUCUGGAAACUGGAAAGCCAACACAGGUUCUGCCAUGCUGGAGCAGGUGGCCAUGACCGAGAGGUACAGGCUGUGGGUGGACAGCUGCUCAGAGAUGUUUGGGGGCCUGGACAUCUGUGCUGUCAAGGCUGUCCACAGCAAGGAUGGCAGAGAUUACAUCAUUGAGGUGAUGGACAGCUCAAUGCCCCUGAUUGGAGAACACGUGGAAGAAGACAAACAGCUGAUGGCCGACCUCGUCGUCUCCAAAAUGAGCCAACUCCUGAUGCCAGGGGGCACAGUGCCCUCGCCCCUGAGACCUUGGGCUCCUCAGACUAAACCAGCAAAAUCCCCCGGGCAAGCCCAGCUGGGGCCUCCACUUGGACAGCCCCAGCCUCGGCCACCCACACAAGGGGGCCCUCGCCAAGCUCAGUCUCCUCAGCCCCCAAGAUCUGGAAGCCCCUCCCAGCAGAGGCUCUCCCCACAAGGCCAGCAACCCCUGAGCCCCUCAUCUGGAUCGCCACAGCAGCAGAGAUCACCAGGCUCUCCACAGCUAUCCCGAGCAUCUGGGGGCAGCUCUCCAAACCAGGCCUCCAAGCCGGGCACCACCCUUACCUCACAGUCCCGGCCCCCUGUGCAGGGCCGCAGCACCUCCCAGCAGGGUGAAGAGUCCAAGAAACCAGCACCACCCCACCCCCAUCUCAACAAAUCCCAGUCCCUGACGAACAGCCUCAGCACAUCGGACACCACCCAGCGCGGGACCCCAAGUGAGGACGAGGCCAAGGCCGAAACCAUCCGCAACCUGAGGAAGUCUUUUGCCAGCCUGUUCUCUGACUAGCCCCGUCCAGUCUGGGAGCGGGGUGCUCGUUACACUCCCCGCCCUCCUGCUCCAUCACCCAUCUCAGCCUUGGUUCCCGACGGAACAGAAUGGAGGGCCUGAGAAUAUACUUCCAAUGCCUUUGAUCCAGGAACUGAGUAUCCACAUGUGUUCCACUCCCCUUUACAGUGACGUUCUGUCAUUGUCCAACUGAGCGCUGGGCCUUUGAGAGCCUCCAGGUUCCUCCAAACAGGCCUUCAAGACGGGCGUCACCUCAACCUGCCCACCCAGAUGCUUGCUUCCCUGCCUCAGAUAACCAAGUGCAAUGUCUGUGUGUGGCUAGUUUUGACAUUUCUUGUUAGUGUUUUGCUUGCCUUUGGGAAGGGCCCCUCUGAGCCUUGCCCCACCUCUAUCAAGUGCAGACUGUAGUCAGACCUCAGCAAUGUAGGAGGCAAUAAGCUUUUGACAGUGUUUUGCAAACAAAAGGAGAACAGCCCAGCCAGGGAAACCUACCAUCUACCCUGGCUAGUUCCAUCCAGGCUCAAGAGACAGCCCCGCAGACCAGGCAGGCCAAGGUCCCAUCAUACCCACCACCAGUGGAUCCCGAGAACCAUGAAAAAAAUCCAGAUCCUGUGUGACACAUGAGGUCUUUCAGAACACAACAGAAGCAGGGCAGACUUUGCAAUGCUGUCACGCCCAGAGUGCUGUCCUAAAUGGGACAGCCAAGAGCAGACCACGGGUUCUCUCAGGAGUCAUUGCCAGUUCCCAGUGGGGGAAGAUGCCUUCACUUCCCAAGGAAGGAGUUAGAUUAGGGCUCCUCCACCCAGUCUGCAUUACACCGCUGUUUGGUCUCUCUGAAUUCCCACCAGGACUGUUGUUUCCUCUUCAAGGAUAUGCAAGGAACCAGAGGCAAGGAGCAGAUCGAUGACACAGGAUCAGAAAGUGCAAUGACGUCACUUCCAGCUCGGCGUUACACAGACUGUGUACAGCAAGGCAUUGGUAGGUUACUCAAUUACAGAACGGUCCCCCUGGUCAAACAUGUUUAGGAAACACUGUUUAUAUUUUAAAUUUUUUUAGAAGGAUAGUAGAUGUUACAGGCUCUGGGAAUUCCUGCAGUAAAGAAAUUAGCUUUAACUUUAACCCACACUUAUUUGACAAGUUAACCACAGAGCUGGAAAACGUAGGCCUGUCUCCCUUUCCAGUGUUCUUCUCCCUACAUCAGACUCCUCGUGAUCAGAUGGAGCACAGGGAUGUCCCAAACCACCACGCACCUGGUGCUAGAAACGUUGUAGGUGCCAGAACCAGCCUCCUGGUUCCAAAAAGAGCUGAGGAUAUUAGACAGCCACACUAGCCCCUUCCAGCCCACUUUGCAACAAGAGGCAUGUCUUCCCCUCACUGUUGUCAGGGAAGACAGAGAAGAAAGUAAAAAGGAGUGUCCUUGGCUUGGAGCUGCAUUCUGAGUAAAAGCAUGCGGGCAACUCGUGGGGCAGGGGGUAGCACCACAAAACCACGUUUUAGGAGAUUAAGAACACAGGAAAUACAUGAGGCAAUUGUCACUUUUCUACACCGGAAAUUAAGAUCAGAAGAUGAACUCAAGCUGUCUCACCCCAUUCUCACUUAGUAAUAAAAUACAGCCCAAGACAAACAACAAAGUGGUGAUAGGCUAGACAAAAUUUCUCAAAGCAUGGGUCACCACCACGUGCGUAGCCAGCUUCAUUUCACACCAGAGGAGCUAGAAUUACUGGUCAUAGGCCCAAAAGCUGUGUCUUUGUCAGUCUCCCUAAGAGUUCUGAAUGCGUGUUGAAGUUAGAAAACUGCUAACGAGAAAUGCAUGGGAUUGCGGCUACGCGAGAAAUGGUGCUGGUGGAUCGUUACAGCCGACACCCUCUCCUUUGCUGAGCAACACUAGUGGCUCCAAAAACAGUGAUUACAUGGCUUAAAUGUUCCCACUUUCCUGUAUUCUGUCCCUUGUCCCUAAAAGCAUCCCAACAUUCAAACCCUAUUUCCCAGAUAUCCCAGUACAGUUGCACAGGAUCAUUUAUCAGGCCAGGCACCUCGGUUUUUAUAACCAUGUGCAGAGGAUCCAUGACAUAAGAAUGAGUUUUAGAAUCAACACAUUGAAAUAAAUCUUCUGGUUGGUCUGUGUAUGAAUGUAGAGACCACUGAGCCCCAGAUGGAUGGUUUCCUCACACGGGCACAUGUUCCCCCAAACAUUCAACCUUUAAUCAUUGGGACAUUUUUUAAAUGAGAAAGGACAAAAUGAAGGCAGGCGGGAGUUACACUGUAGAAAUUUGGAAAGGUUGUGUUUGUUAUUUUUUGCUUUGUUUCACAACUUGGACCCAAAGAAAAGCUAGCAUUUUCCCUCCAAGCUGACUCGAUGAGGCUGAAGCAUGACAAAGAUUCAUUUGGUUUGUGCUGACAUGCAGCACAACGACCAGGGAGUUUAAAAUGCGGCCUCAGUGGCCUCCUCCACCAGCCGCAGAAAAGAUCUUCUUCCAGACCUUCCUCCUGUCAGCGUGAUAAAAGGCACUGUCGUUUGAUGAAAUGCCGAGUCAGCUCUUGAGGGGCACUGGGACGUCCGUAUUCUUUCUCUUCCAUGAAUCCCCUGUGUCCUCUUCGUCGUCACCACGCCGCCCCCUGGCCCAGUCCCUGCUGAGGGGACAGUCAGGUCUACCUUUCCAGAACUACGGGGGUGAUGGGCCUUCACUCCCCUGGUAACAAAUACAGUAGCAAGUCCCAUGAGCCUGAAUAUCAGCUACUUUCUGGAAGUUCUCAUCUGAAUCUGCUGUGAAAGGAGCUCAGGGGAAAGCUAGCUGGUGCAGGCAUCUCGUGAACAAGCUCUGUGGGCACAGCAUAGCAAACAUUGUUCAGCGCCCGGCAGGUGCCUAGGAUGUGUAUUAGGUUGCCAACUAUGAAAUUAAUAAAAUGUAAAUGAAGAGUGAAGAAAAAGACUGGUUUUCUAAGAGUAUCAAUGUGAGGAAGUCACUUGCCCAGGAACAGAAUCAAACCAACCGAGAAAUGAAUAAAAUGAGAUAGGCUGAAGGACGUCUAUGGCCUUUUUUUACCUAUGGGAGCAAGCAGAGGGCCAUGAGACCUCCCCCAUCAGCAAGCAGAGGACCAUGAGCAAGCAGAGGGCCCCUAUGAGUGGGGCCCCCACAGAGGCGUGUUGACAGGCUGGGAGCAAAAGGGGCGCAGUGCGUUGUCAGCAUCAAUCAGGAGGUAUGGCCAGCAGACCAGGACAAUAGCAAAGCUUGUCCAGCUAAGACUCGGGACCCAGGGGUCCCAUCCAGCCCAUAUACUACACAGCAGACCACCGCAGAGCUCUCCAGACAGCAGAGCCUAGCUGGAGUCACCCUGCAGGCACCCCGUGUCCUUUCAGAACCACCCCCCCUGCACCCCCCCGCCAGCUCUCCUGCUUCAUUCAGCUUCAUAAAACAGGUUGGUGGCUCCUUUGGUUUUAUGUGUUUAGAGUUGGUGAAAGGACACAGGUUCCAGUCCCAGGGUAGUGAGUUUAGUCAGCCCCGCAGAUACAAGCAGUAAUUUAAUUAUGCCGGAUGAACAGCUCAGGGCCUAAGAGCAUCUACUCGUGUGUCGCAUGGUUUUCUUUAUCUCAGAGAGCACGCUGGCUGGUUAACUACACCAAGUGUCAACAGCUGUCCCCAACUCCAAAGCAGCUGUCCCCAACUCCAAAGCAGUCACUCAUUAAAUCCAGUUUCAGUCUAGUAUUUAGACUCUAAUAGAAGGUGGCCCUUUUGAUUUGGUUGGAGCCAAACUGGAAGGUUGGGUGACAGGCAAGCCAGAACCGUCCGUUACCAAACACAGUGUAUAAAGGGCACAGAGGCUCCCUUGUGUGUCCACAGACAAAAUGUGCAGCCAUGAUAGAUAAGACUUUCAAAUUGUUCAGAACCCUCUCGACUGGCAAGCCACAAAGAAAAACAAAUUUUUUUUAAUUAAUGUGUCAUUUCUUUGAGGGAAAGCCAAUCUGAAACUAAACAUUCUUUCUAAAAUUGUGUGUGUCAGAGAGAGAGAGAGAAUCUUGAAAAUCGUAAAUACUUUUCAUUAUUUCUAUUCGGACUGGUCUUCCCACUUGUAAUUUCGGUUUCCAAACUCUCAUAUUUUAAGUACAUGCACUCUGUGGUCCUUUGCUGGGUCUAGAGCAGAAGCAAGUUAGCAUUUCCUUGUCUCUCAAUUAACAUUUUACCCGCUUUGCUAUGGAAUAGUAGAAAACUUAAGUACAAAACCUACUGGGGAGCCCUAAGAGACAAUUAAGAUUAAACAUUUUGGAGGUUCUCACUGUGGCCAGGCAGGUUAAGAACCCGACUGGUACCCAUGAAGAUGAGAGUGCGAUCCCUGACCUCGCUCAGUGGGUUAAGGAUCUGGUGCUGCUGCAAGCAGUGGUGUACGUUGCCGAUGCAACUCUCAUCCUACGUUGCUAUAGCUGUGGUGUAGGCUGGCCGCUACAGCUCAUAUUCAGCCC